AAGUUCAGCUCCGAGCUCUUCUCUGAUUGGAUGAUAUCCGUUCCUACUUCCUGCAGACUUCCGGGUUGCGCCCACAAACAGACAGUGAACAAACACUAAAGCAACAGUCUGUCACCAUGUCAGCUCUUCUCCGCAGACUGCCGGGGCUCUACGUCUCCUUCAGGCCGAGGAUGGCUCACUCUCUGCGGGGAACACGCGGUCAAACUUCCGCUCUGAGCCACCGGGGGGCAGCGACACUUCAUCCAGGAGGGGGUUGCUCUCUGACGGGGAACAGCCUCGAUCAGAGCCGCGGGGAGCACACGGAGGCUGGAAGUCCGCCGGAAGUGGAUCUGAGGAGGUUAGAGGGGGAGGACCAAGGGAUCGUGGAGGUUCUGAUGUGUCGUCACAAAGCCAGAAACGCUCUGGGCCACGUGUUUGUGUCACAGAUGAGGGCGCUGGUGUCCUUGCUGUCCUCUGACUCAGCAGCUCGUGUGGUCGUCUUCAGGAGCUCUGUUCCAGGUGUUUUCUGUGCAGGAGCAGACCUGAAGGAGCGCGCUCAGAUGGAUCACGCUGAGUCUGAUCUGUUUGUUCACGGCCUCAGAUCGCUCAUGACUCAGAUAGCGCUGCUGCCCAUGCCAACUAUUGCGGCGGUGGAUGGCGUUGCAGUGGGAGGGGGGCUGGAGCUGGCACUGGCCUGUGACCUUCGCACUGCAGCGGCGUCGGCUCAGAUGGGUCUGAUCGAGACCAGUCGGGGGCUGCUGCCGGGCGCAGGGGGCAGCCAGCGUCUACCCAGGACGAUAGGCAUCACUGUGGCGAAAGAGCUCAUCUUCACAGGGCGUUGUGUGGGGGGGCUCUCAGCCCUUCAGAUGGGUCUCGUAAACAGAUCAGUGGAUCAGAAUGAGACAGGAGACGCCGCCUACAGAGAAGCUCUGAGCCUGGCCAGAGAGAUCCUGCCCCAGGCCCCGCUGGCGGUGCGACUCGCCAAAGAGGCGAUGAACAGAGGGAUAGAGGUAAACAUGAGCUCAGCCAUGGCCAUCGAGAGGAUGUGCUACGCUCAGGUGAUACCGACGCGGGACAGACAGGAGGGGAUGGCUGCAUUCAUCGAGAAGAGACCGCCACGAUAUACUGGGGAGUGAAAUCAGUGAUAAGGAAGUUUUAUUGGUCAAACAGAUGAUUUUAUAAAGAUAGGGUGGUUUUUAUUUUUGUUUUCACCUUAGUGUGAUGUUUGUAAUAAAAAGUUCUGACACGUCU